AUGGCCGUGAUUUCAUUGCUUUUGUUAACUCUGCUCGGACCCCUGUUGCUUUUCCUAUCCGCAAUAUCUGCUUUGGCCAGGAACUACUCGAAAGCACAAACAAUAGGAAUUCCUAUCUUGAUCGUCCCCGUGAGCUACUCCAACCCCCUCUGGUUAGUUAUUGGUCGGCAUGCCGCCCCAUGGUUCAGACAUCUGCCCUUCGGCCUCGGCAACACUGUGAGUCGGAUCGGCUACAGCGGCUGGGAGUGGGCACAAAAGCACAGCAUGUUCCCAGAAUACGGCCCCGGGUUUGUCAUUGUCACGCCUGUCCAGAACUGGCUCUACACGUUCGAUGGGGAGAAAUUGUACGGCAUCUUUUACGGCGAGCGCCAGGGCAGCAUCGAGAGGCCGACGGAGCUUGCUGGGUUUGGCAGAUCGUGCGCUGUUGCUGGUAGCGAAGACGAAGACCAGGAUGACAGUGGUCCUACAAAAGAUGGGGAUGGUCUAGUUGGGUAUCACACAAGUCUUCGUCUGAUCCUCGAAAACAUUCUCGUUGUUUUCCUGCUUGGAGCCAAAGUCCUCGGCCGGAUAGAGUGGCCCGCCAACCUGGCUCGUAUCGGGAAGGGAUUCAGAUCGUUCCAAAUCCACAUGAAAAACGACUUUGAGACGGCAAAAGAUGGCUUGAGGGAAAAGGGUACCACAGAAGGGACGUUGAUGGCAAACCUUGUUCGUGCCUUCGUCGAGUCAGAGGAGUCGAAUGGUUUCGGCAUCUUGGAGCAGGAGGUAUUUGGAAACAUGUUUGCAUAUCAGUUCUCCGGCCACGAUACCACGGCUCGUUCGUUGAACUUUACGUUCUACCUGCUGGCAGCUUUCCCAGAGGUCCAGGACUGGAUGCGUGAGGAGAUACAACACGUUCUUGGCGAGAAAUCAACGUUAAGGUAG